GACAAAUCAAACCUGUAGUUGAAGUAAUUGGGUAUUCUUCCUUCCUUCGUUUGAUUGUUUUCCUCGCUUUUUGUCUGCGGAUUCGUAAUCAGAUAUUUUGAGAUUCAUUCAUUCGCUCGAUCGACCAACACGAACACGAGCCAACGAAAUGGAUUGGGGAACUGUAACAACAGAAGAUCUGAUCGAAGCGCUUAGGGAAGUCGAUUGGUCAUCACCUCCUCGUCCUCUCAACGAAUUUUUUUCCAGAUUCACCGUCCCUCGUUCCUCUAGCAAAUGGAACAGUCGCCUCAAGUGUAAUCUCUACUACUACCGGACAAAUUACUUCAUCAUGAUUGUUUUCAUUCUUGGAUUGGGAUUUAUCAGGAGGCCAUUUGCUAUAGUUGCUGCCAUGUUGACUGCUCUUACUAUAGCUUUCUUAAAUGACAGCUUUGCAGGGACAUUUAGCGAAAAGGUGACUAGAACUGUGAGGCGGUUUUCUCCACACAUGGCAGCAAAAAUGAGACCUCCACUAACACCUGUUAUUCGUGGGCGCCCUUCUUCUAAAAGAACAAUUUAUAUAUGUGGAAAACCUCGUUGGGUGUGUGUUUCAUUAUUCUCUGCUGCGAGUUUCUUUGUUUGGUUUAUUUCUUGUGGGCUCUUGACUUUGCUAUGGGCAUGUGCCAUCGGCCUUCUUGCAACGGUGUUGCAUGCAAGCUUUCGGACACCCAACUUGAAAGCUCGUCUGAAUACAUUCCGUGAGGAAUUCCGUGCAGUUUGGCGCAAUUAUAGCGAACUGUAGGUGUGUGUAGAUUCAUGUGCUUACUUACUACUACUACUACUCUUUAUUUCAGUUUUGAGGAUCUUCAUGUUUUAGUGGUUGUGGAGUUUGACACUAUGUGUUCUUUUAUGUUAAUAAUAUUUCGUAAUUGGAAGCCUUAUUAUUAUUA